CCUUGAAUGCUCAGCUCAAUCAAAUUGGCAAUGACCGUAUGUUAGUUCAUGUAAAAUCCACAGAAAUACAUCCCAGUGUCAGAUAAAUUCACUUGCUUGAUCUUGAGAAAGACAGUAGUGACAUUGGAAGUCAUUUCAAAUUUUCCAUUUUGAAAUCCAUUGCAGAAUGAGGGUGUGUCAUCAGCAUAAUACGUAGAGGAGAUGCAGCUGGGCUCAGUUCUGUCGACCACUCUGAACCGCUCUGUCUGAGUUGGACCGGUGGAAAUGUUGGAGCACAUCAGUGUGACUCACUCUCCAGACUGGACCUCCACAGUGUGAGACUCAGACAUCCAACCUGAAACAAAGAGCAGAGAGAACGUAAGCAUUACUUAACAGUUACUGUAAUUAGCAUCAACAAUUCUGCCAAUUCUCUUAAAUCAGUUUUCUAACCAAUAAUUUUGAAUUCCUGUGUGUUUUUUGCUGAGAAUAACUAGGUCCCAGUACUUACCGAGGCUGCAUAGAAGCAAAGCUGUUUGCAAGUCAAAGAUCUUCAUUGUGCAGGUGAAAGUCGUCAAUCCCUGUACUGGGAAGCUACUGUAGAACCAAAAACACAGGUAAGACCACACCAGACUCACCACAUAUUUCAACCUGUCCCCUCCAGGAGGCACUCCAGCAUGAUGAGUUCAAGCGUAAGUUGCUGAGAGUGCACAGACAGGAGGAUAUAUGUGCAAGUUACUCAAAUAAUAUGAUGAAAUACUGUGUAGGGCAUGAAUAUUGGGUAGCGGAUCACUUCUCUCUCUAUUGUGUUCUGUCACUCUCCUUGUGGCUUCAAUGCAAGUCUCCUGAAGUGUCUGCCUCUGAGUGGGCCUCUCAUCACCGCAAUUUGAACCAAUGGUUGACCUUGCAAGAUGGGUUUUGUGGUCAAAAAACACUCCUUAGUCUGGGCUUCCCUCCCACCCAGGCGACCCUGUGUCCCCAACAACCACCCAUCUUAGCAAUGUGACGCUUCGAGGCCUGACAGACUUUUUGCAAUUAUACGUUUUCCUGCUGCCAUUGCACUACUUGCACAUGUUGCUCCAUUUACAGGACUUAAAUUUUCUGACUUCACUGUAUGUUUUUAAUAUAUUUUGUUGUGCAUUUGACACUAUACGGUCCAUUUUUUAUUUUAGUACUGCUCAGAAUUUUUACGCUUGUCUAUUUUAUAUUUAUAUUUCUCUUCUUUUUUUUAUUUCUUUACCAUACUUACUGGAUAUCUUUGCUAAAUUACCAGGGCUCCAGACUAGCUUUUUCACUGGUUGUACCUCCCACCAUGUCACAGGCAAAACACAUCACUUGCUGAACAACAUCUCAUCGGUAGAUUCUACAACUUACCAAUGUUCCCUAAACCCUCCCAGUUUGGAGCCCUGUUUAAUUUACUAAAUAUUUUUCAAUUGCACACAUUUCUAACAUUUUAUUCACUAAAUUCAAGAAUUCAGUUCAACAUUUCUUCAUUUAUUCUAUCUCGUUACUGUCAGUUUAAUGAAAUUAUUGGUGUGUGUUGAAUAAAAAUGAUUAACCAUGUGCCUUGAAAAUAAGGCUGUUAAAUUCAAACUAAACAUUUUUUCUUCAUCCGUUUUAAAAUAGAUUGUUAAAAAUUAUCACUAUUUAUCAGUAUUGACUGAAAUGAAACAUAUUAUGCAAAAAGUUUUUUUCAGCUAUGUUGCCCAACCAUAUUUCUGCCAUCGUUGCGUUAUUUGCUUCAUUUCCUACUGAGGCCCUACAGAUGUUAAAAGUGUCACACAGGUUGACCCUCUUACCAGCCAAUCAGAUGCAACCCCAUUUUUAAGCUGGUGUUGUGUCGCUCAAAACGAUCAGUUGCCAAGACCUCUGAGACGAUGCACCCGUAUGUGAUCAUCUGUGGAGUAUUUCACCUGUCAGCUGUGAUCCAGUCGGAAACCGUCAGACAGGACACCGGAGUGAUCACCGCCUCUGUCGGGGAAAAUGUGACUUUACAUUGCUUCUACGAAAGCCAAGUGGCGAUGCACUUCUCCUGGUACCGACAGCUGUUAGGAAGCAGACCAGAGCUCCUGUCCACUAUUUACAAAUUUGGAGAUCCAUCCAAAGUCUUCCCCUGGCUGGAGAAAAACCCCCGUUUCUCUCUGCAGAGGAUGGAAGGGACGAAUCAUUUACAUAUCUCCGACAUCCACCUCUCAGAUUCAGCCACUUACUACUGUGGAAGCUCACAUUCCAACAUGGUAGAAUUUGGAGAAGGAGUCUUUCUGAGUGUUGAAGGAGACAAGCACCAGGGAAUUAUCCAGGCACCAGCAUCCAAGACCAUCCAGCCAGGAGGAUCUGUGACUCUCAACUGCACAGUAAAAACUGGGUCCUGUGAUGGAGAACACAGCAUUUACUGGUUCAGACGUGGAUCUCGCCAAGGAUUCCUUCACACACACAAGGAUCAGUGCAAACCAGCGCCUCCUUCACCCAGCUGCGUCUACCAUCUGCAGAAGACGAACGUGAGCUCCUUGGACGCUGGGACCUACUACUGUGCCAUGGCCUCCUGUGGGGAGAUCCUGUUUGGAAAUGGAAGCAAGCUGCUGAUGGGAGAUGAAGUAGAGGACCAAGAGGCCCAGAUCAGAAUCUUGGUCUGGCUGUCUAUCAUUAGAGCUGGGAUUCUCUUGUUCUUUGUAACGAUUUCUUUCUUUGUUGUUGUCAUUAAGACCUGCUGAAGUAGCCAAAGAUGUAAAAUAUCAACCCAAAUUACACGAAUGCCAAAUUACACUUUGCUUAAUUAAACUGUGCUAUUCUGACAGA